UAUUUCCCUCACUUGUUUCAUCCAUCUCUGCAACUUCAGUGGUAAAGGUCCUUCGGCAAUAACCUCUCUGCCUCGACAGGUAGGGGUAAGAUACAUCCCAUUGCAAGCAACUCCUUGCAAGUGAUUGAAGUAUUAUAGUUUGAACACGGUGUCCUGGCUUCUGGUGAUGAAGAUCCUCGAAGCAAAUGCAGGUGCUCUCACAAAUUUUGAGGUGCUUGAUUUUCUACGCUCAAGAGGUGCAGGAAGAGAUCCUACGCGGGUCAUAGUUCCCAUUGCGCCAUCAGAGUUCAAGGUGUAUGAUUAUUUAGAGCAAACUGCUGCUUGCAAUCAGACAAGACAAGUGAUUGGUGAAUUCUUGGGAAAAUGUGAAAGUAUCAAACUCACGAAAGCUGAGAUCCUUAACAUCAUCAAUAUCAGGCCAUCUUCACUCGUUGAACUUUAUCCGAUAAUAGAGGAAUAUGACACGCGUUUUGGGGAAGCUGCAGAAACAAUGGAAGAGUUUGUGGAAACUGUGGUGCAGCUGUUGCCACCUUCUCCAAACCAAAUGCAGUCUGAAGAAGGAACUGCUACAGAUGAAAAAGAAGCUCCAGAUGGAGAAAAGAUGGAGACUGCACCUGAAUUAGACUCCAAAGUGUAAAUUCUCGUUACAUUCUUGAACAGAAACGUUCUAGAGUGCUGAUUUCUUUCAUUCACACUCAUAUCCAAUGAGCAACUCAGUAGUCAAUCUUGAUAUUGGCUUGAGGAAGUCGUCAUUCUGUCCUGCCCACUCCUAUAAGGUUCGAGAAAAAAGGACUCCGUCCAGCUCCGAAUGCUUUACUUAUAUUUGUUGUCUCAGGAUUGGUACGAUGCGAUGUGAUGAAAAUCUUAGUCUAGAUCCUAUGCUUCACAGAAUGAAACUGAAUUGGAUGGGAUCAUCUUUGUUUUUUGCCUCAACUUGCUGUGUCAAUGCAAAAAAUUGUUUGAUUUUUCCAUGAUCAAAAGCUAAAAGAAUACAGGUUACUCCUAUUAA